AUGCCUGCGACGAAGACGGCCAGACUCUACUGGAGCCGCCUGGCCCUCUGCCUCGUGCUCGUUCUUUCGCUGUCGUCCGCGCUGGCCUCGUCCUUCGACCGCUUCCACGACGCCGCCGACGACGACGACUUCGACCACGAUGGCGGCCUCGACAGCGGCACGGCGCAGCUCCUGUCCGCCCCAGAAGUCGUAGCAGCGCGCAAGCAGGCCGAUGCGUCGCUGCUGUGGGGCACGUACCGGCCGCAGAUCUACUUUGGCCUGCGGCCCAAGCUGCCCGAGACGCUGCUGAGCGGCCUGGCGUGGUUCGGGCUCAACGACUACAGCGGCUUCCAAAAGUUCCGCCACAAGUGCAGCGACCAGGACGGAAUGCACGGCUUCGCGUGGAAGUACCACGACGGGCGGACGUUUGGCAUCCAGGAGAUCAACGACAACGUCAACAACUACCGCCUCGAGACGAGCUUCCUCAAGGUCGACACCGACAACCCCUCGGGCGGCAGCUGGGGCGCCAGGGUGUCGGGCACCGUCAUGGAUCCAGCCAAGCCGGCGAACCUGGCCACCUUCUGGUACAGCUCUCUCGAAGGGCUCGACGGCAUCCUCAGCCUCGAUUCCGACGCUGAGGAGGACGGCAUGGAUUCGCACGAGUCGAUCCAGCUCAAGGGCGCUACGGCGACACUGGGCGAGUUCACGCUGCGCAUCGAGGAGGGCGGCAAGCACGGCGACGACGGCCAGGACCCCUUGCGACGCACGCACGUCUUUGGCCGGCGGGUCCCGGGCGAGAUGGCGUGGAGGGCGCAGGACAUCAUCACAUCGGACCUGGUCAAGACGCUCCAGUCGCUCACGCAGACCUACGGCCGCGAAAACAUGCCGCCGCCGCGCGUGGGCGUCCAGCUGACGGACCUCGUCGAGCCCGGCUCCAACUUCUUCGCCUUGCAGAAGAGCUUCUCGGGCAACUUUUCGUUCGACGUCUUCUUCGACAGCGCCUCGACGCCGAGGGGCGAGCUGCUCACGUCGGCGGGCCUGACGCAGGGCCUCGAGGCGUCCAAGGCAGCUUACGAUGCCCGCUUCUCGCAGGUGACCGGCCUCUCCGCCGGCGCAGGCGACGGGACGACGGCGGCCGAUGUCGAUUUCGCGCGCGACCUCACCUCGAGCCUGAUCGGCGGCAUCGGCUACUCGUACGGGCCGUCGAUCGUCGACCGCACCUUUGUCCACGAGUACGACGUUGGCAGCGGCGCGAUGGACGUCGACACCAAGGGCGUCGCCAACCCGCAGCCCACCGAGCCCGCCGAGCUGCUCACCGCCACGCCGUGCCGCAGCAUCUUUCCGCGCGGCUUUUACUGGGACGAGGGCUUCCACCUCGCCCUGGUCGGCGUGUACGACAACGACCUGAGCCUCGAGAUCCUGCGCAGCUGGAUCAGGCUCAUCGACGAUGACGGCUGGGUCGCCCGCGAGCAGAUCCUCGGCGACGAAUCGCGCAGCCGUGUGCCGCAGGGCUUCGAGACCCAGUACCCGGGCUACGCCAACCCGCCGACGAUGAUCCUGGCCGUCGCCGCGUACCUCGACCGGCUCAAGGAGCGCACCAGCGAGGCCGGCUUCGACGCCCUCGGCCUCGAUCCGCAGCACCUCCAGGAGUUCGCAGGCGAGGCGGGCGCGCUGCCGGACCGCCACCUCUCGUCUCCGCUGCUGGGCCAGGCCUUCCUGCGCGAAAUCUACCCGCACCUGCGCCGCCACUACCGCUGGUUCCGCAAGACGCAGCGCGGCGAGAUCAAAGAGUGGGACCGCCGGGCCACGGCGCGCGGCGAGGCCUACCGCUGGCGCGGCAGGGACAAGAACCACGUGCUGACGAGCGGCCUCGACGACUACCCGCGUGCGCCCGUACCGCACACGGGCGAACUCCACGUCGAUCUGAUGUCGUGGAUGGGCAGCUUCGCCAACACGAUGGCCAAGAUUGCGCGGGCAAUCGGGCAGCAGGACGAUGCCGAGGAGUUUGGCGAUCACUUCGAGGCGAUCCGGGCCAACCUUGACGACCUGCACUGGAACGACGACGAGCAGAUGUACUGCGACGCCUCGGUCGACGAGAACGAUCAAUCCUUCUUCGUCUGCCACAAGGGCUACGUGUCGCUCUUCCCGCUCCUGCUGGAGCUGCUGCCGGUCGACAGCCCCAAGGUGUCUGCGAUCCUCGACCUGAUGCGCGAUCCGGAGCAUCUCUGGAGCGACUACGGCCUGCGCAGCCUCAGCCCGCAGGACGCGCACUUUGGCCAGGGCGAAAACUACUGGCGCGGUCCCAUUUGGGUCCAGAUGAGCUACCUGGCGCUGCGCGCGCUCAAGUCGACCUACGCCGCCCAACCCGGCCCGUACCAGGCCAAGGCGCAAAAGAUCUACGAGGAACUGCGGCACAAUGUCGUCAAGAACGUCUUCGAAGAGUACAAGCGGACCGGCUACGUGUACGAGCAGUACAACCCGGUCGACGGCCGGGGCCAGCGCGGCCACCCCUUCACCGGCUGGACCUCGACCGUGGCCCUCAUGAUGGCCGAAAUCUACUGA